AGUCACCAACAAUAGUUUUUUUUAAUUGAAAACUUCGAAGUAAACAAACUCAUCAAACUUUCGGAGUGAAAUACAAUUUCCACAACUAUAUACAUUUUAUUAUUUAAAUUUCAGUGUAGUAAAAGUUUCUGCCAUUUGAAAUUAGUUUUAUUUGUGUAAUCAUGACUGACUAUUUCCAAGAGAUGGGAUGGAGAGAAUUACAAGACGGUGAGCAGCCAAAUCACUUUUUACAUUUGGCAAGACUCUUGAUGGAUUAUAACAUAUUUGACGACAAUUUUACUGGAGAAUGGCCUAGAUUACCACCUCCAGCAUCAAAAGAAGUAGUAAAAAAUUUAGCUGAUAUUACUAUUGAAGUGGACGAUAAGAAUUGCCCUAUAUGCCUAAAGAAUUUUGAAAAAACUGAAAAAGCUAAGCAAAUGCCUUGCAACCAUAUUUUUCAUCCUACAUGUAUUUUGACUUGGUUGGAAAAGACCAACUCAUGUCCAUUUUGUCGCCAUGAACUACCCACUGAUGAUGUAGCAUAUGAAGCAUUUAAGAAGGAAAAGAAAAGAGCUGAACAAAGAAAAGAAGAUAUAGAAGUUCUUCAUAACUCUAUGUUUAGUUGAUACUUCUAUCAUAUAAUACAUAUCGGGUAUAGGGCAAUUAUAAAUAAGAUUAAGAUUUUAAAAGUUUAAAAUGUCUGUACCAUUUACUAAUCACUCCUUUUAUAUAAUUAUUAUGUAUAUUAAAAAUCUUAACUUAGCGCUUCCUUUGACUCUCAUAUGCUAAUAUUAUAUAUGUUUCUGACAUAGGGGAGUGAUACUUAAAUUAUACAUUAGGUAAUAUAGUUUUUAUUUAUUCUGCACAUUUAUUUGUUUGAGGCAUUCAAUUUAAAAAACCUUUAAUAAAAAAAUUAAAUAAUAUGAUAAUAAUACCAUAUAUAUUUAAUUUUUGAGAUGUAGUAUGCCGACAGAAAAUACUACCACCACUUGUGUUGCAGAUUAAAGCAUAUUGUGAGGUAUGCUGAAAAAGCAAAAUUAAAUAUGUGGAAAUUUAUUUUCACAAUAAAUUAAGAUAACAAUUUAACUCAAAUAUGUUACUGUUAUUGUGAUCGCAAAUAUUAUAUGUACCAAUUUAAAAAAGAA